AUGGAAAACCCCUGGCAUGUCCAUUGUCAUGCUCUGAAGCUUACACCAGUAAAAUCUGUGGAUGUAAAGAAAGAUCAACAGAAGGUCAAGAAGGAAAAUAAAACGACAAUACUCUCAUAUUUUUCCUCUUCACCCUCAACAACUGCAACAGAUUCAGUGUUGGAGACAAGCACAUUUACUAAAACCUCGCCUUUCAAUAAAACAUCUAGUAGCCAACAUGGAAAGCAAGACAGCAGUGACUUUAGAAGUUCGGAAAAACCUGUAAAACGGGUGAACACUAAUGAAGUCAAAAGUAUGGAGGAAGAGCAUUUGUCACCUAAACUUGGAAGAUGGGAAGCUAUAGAGGAAGACAACGAUGACAUACAGUUGUUAAACCCGCUACCAAAGUCACAGAAUCUUGUCAGCCAUUUUAUAGAUGAUGAGUAUGAUUCCAAAGACACAUCCAACAGCCCAUCUGAUGGCAUUGUUGAUGUUUCAGACAGUGACAGUGUUAUUGUCAUUAGUGAUUCUGAUGAAGAACCAGAUAACACACCAAAGCCCACAUUUAGCAACAAAAUGACAGAUGAAAACAGCCUACUGGAAACUAUUUUCCCACCAUGGCAAAGCCAAAGGAUGG